AAAAACAAUGGCUUGUGCAACACUUAAACGUACCCUGGACUGGGAAUCAAUAAAUCAACGCCCAAACAAACGACGACGUUGUAAUCCAUUCGGACAAUCAGGUAAUACUGGUUCACCAUCACGUUCCUCAUCAAUGGGUCAUGAUGGCGGCAUUCCCGGCUCCAAUCCACAAUCGCCUAGCAGUCGUUUUGUUCGUGAACCUCAGCCCAGCCCCUUUGCUGAGGCAAAUCUAACAAAAAUGUCACCGGACAAAAUGUCACAGAACAUCCGCGAAGAAAUCAAACGGUUACACAGACGUAAACAGCUGCCAUUUUCAUCGGCGGCCAUUGAACGUAUGCAAGAUUCGGAAUCGAGCGGUUCAGAAAUGGGACCAGACAGUCCACGACGUCCCGACAGUCCACCAAGUAUUGUUCGCAAUCCUGAAAAGGCAUUAUUUACAUUUAAACAGGUGCAAUUAAUAUGCGAGCGAAUGCUUAAAGAACGCGAAGAUGAAUUGCGUGAAAAAUAUGAUGCUGUACUGACAACAAAACUUGCAGAACAAUACGAUGCUUUUGUCAAAUUCACAUAUGAUCAAAUACAAAGACGUUACGAAGCUGCUCCAAGCUAUUUGUCGUAAUUUCGGACCUCAGGCGCAUAUAUCCCAAAUUAGUUUCUUAUGUAGACGCUAAGGAUCUAACUUCCUCCCAGCCUUUAUGUCAUUUAACGCCAACACCGCAAAUAAUUUCUUU